UUUACAUGAAAACGUCAUAGUAUAAAUAAAUUCAGGUGGACAGUAUGUUCAGAAAACUUCGGACAAAUGAUGACAGACCCGAGUUAACUUCAUUCGUGUCCAGCUUAUGCCAUGCUGUCGAAAGCAAUGAUGGAGAAACAGUUAGUAAUAUUCUGUAUAACAUAGAGGGUAAUCACGAUGCUAUUAUGCUUGUGUAUGCCACAGCUGUUCAAAAUGGUAACCCGGAUAUUGUCCGACAUUUUAUAGAAAGUGAACAUGUUCGGAUCAACGAUCUGGAUUUGAUGUUUGGCGAGACAGCUCUCAUGCAUUCAGUUAGAUGUGGCCAUUUAUCUGUCGUCAAAUAUCUUCUUCAGAACGAGGCAGAUAUUAACUUAAAAAGUAGUCAAAAUGGAGUCACGGCUCUUCAUGUCUGUGUGAGUGGACCAGAAAGGCCACAGAAUAAUUGGGAAAUUCUCAAUUGUCUUCUUGAAAAUUCAAAAAUAGAUUUAGAGGCAAGAAAUAACGAUGGUCAGACGCCUCUUAUCCUAGCCUCUAACCAAGCCAAAAUUGAGGAAAUUAAACGAUUAAUUGUGGCAGGAUGUGAUAUGUACGCCAUACACCAAAAACGAGGACAAAUAGCAGCACAUUUCUGUAUGUCAUCAAGAUAUUUCUCAGCAUUCACAGUCGUAGUUGAGUGUUUCCGUAUAUUUUUAGAAAAUAGAAUAGACCCUGACUUCCGCGACACAUCUGAUAUUCCAUUUAUUGGUUACGCAAUAAACACUGGGAUUUACAAAAUAUUGUGCUUACUUAUUUAUUCAAACUGUGAUAUUAAUAUUUUAUACCAAGAUAUGCUAGUUACGAGAUCAAUUUGUCCACCAUUCGUCCAUGCUUGUCAACGAAAACAAAGGCGGCUUAUAGAAAUUUUAUUUGCCGCUGGAUGUGAUGUACAUAAAUGGUGUGACAUUGUAUGUGAUGACCUUAAUCAGUUUAACUUGUCUGAUAUUGGGAAAUCCCCCAGAACUUUAAAACAAUUAUGUCGAAUUCUCAUACGCAAACAAAUUGGAUAUUACCCUCAUAUAUUUAUCGAUCAAUUAGGUCUUCCCAAAACUGUUUCUAACUACAUUUUAUUGAAAGAUGUUAUUGAUGUUGAAUUAUCAUAAAAAGUUUAUUUAUACAUUUA